GACUUUAAUCUGAGUCUCUGAGGUUAUUUCCUGAUUGGUCUGCAGGAUAUUGUCUUCCGAAAGAGCAGUGUAACACACACAGUGUGAAGACAAACAAGUAGAGCAGCUCCACUGCCGGGACUCCGAGCAGGGUGAAGAUGUUCGACAGCAGCAGUUCAUACAGCUAUGCAGACUCACUGUCGUCCAAUUACUCUUUAGAUGAAACAUCCUCACAGAGCUCCAGUUUAUCACGACCCAGCGCUAAAGCCAUCUACAUGCGCAGGAAGGAAUAUGCUGAGUCCAUCAACAAACAGCUGGCCAAGUUUCAGUACAGAGUAGAGCACCUGUUCACCUGUGAGCUGGAUGGUGUGGAAGUCUCAGGACUGGAGGACUGUGUGGAGCGUCUGAAGCUGUUGGAGAUGAUGGGUCGAGUUUGGGGACAGGAAAUGAGCCUGGAGGUGGACAACGGAAAUUUGCUACUGAGAGACAUUGAGACUAAAGAGGAGCUGGACUGUGUUCCUCUGCUCAGUGUGUCGGAGGUGACGGCGAUGUUGGACGCGUGUGUGUAUAAGUCUCUGCUGAUGAUCUCAGUGUGUGAGCGACAGGUCGUCAGUGUCUUCAUGUUCCAGUGCGACUCUCUGAGAGCUGAUUAUAUAAAGCGAGAUCUGGACCGUGCAUUACAGAACCCCACCAACAACACAAACAAUGACAGGGGGCGACUCAGGACCCAGAUGAUGAAAAAUAACAGAAACACACACUCCCCUCCAGAACAGACAGAAUACCCAUACUCCCCUCCUGAAGAAUGGAUCGUUCCAGAUUAUGAUGAGACUCCGCCUCCAACACCAACUUCGCCCGAAAGCAGACGAGAGCCAGUCUACAAUAGAACAGAGCCACUGACUCCGCCCCCUCACUCAGAGGACACACCGAUAUACCCAACCCCACCUCCUGCCCUCAGCCCCGCCCCAUACACAGAGAGAGAGAGGAACGUGGACAUCCUGAAUCACCUGAUUAAUGACAUUGAGCAGUUUGUGGAUCUCGUUCUCGCUGCAGCUCCGAAUGAAAAGAAGAAAAAAAAGAAAAAGAAAAAUCAGACAGGAUUACCCUCAGAGGAGGAGUUUAAAAUUUGCCUGCAGAAAAUCAAAAUGGCCUUCAACCUAUUGGCGACAAUGAACGGUCAAAUUCAGUCCCCCAGUGCUCCAGAACUCGCACACUGUCUCUUCUCCACAUUGGAAGUGAUUGUGAGUCAUUGUGCAGAUGAUCUCCCUGCAAGUGUAGUUGCACCGUUGCUGGAGCCGGAGUGUGUGCGCUUUCUGAGUGAGGAGGCAACACAGGAGGAGGACCAGUUGUGGCAGUCGCUUGGAGAUGCCUGGAACAUCCCCAGUACUCAGUGGCCGGAGGAUGAUGAUGAGAUUCCAACCUUCACCCCAGUAUUUGAUGAUGGUUGGGAGCCACCAGAGAUCACACACACUGAGAGGAAAACGUUCAACCGCCAGGAGAGCCAGCAGUCCACCACAGGACAGAGCAUUAAAUCUUUUCAGACGGCACACAAGAGCUCAGAGGAAGUGCCAGCGAGCUGUAUGCGUGUACUAUAUGAAUUCAGAGCGAGAAAUGACCGAGAGCUCAGUGUGAAGAAGGGUGAGCUGGUGGAGAUAUUGGACAUGUCUAAGCGAUGGUGGAAAGUGAGGAACGAUCAUGGUGAAGAGGGUUUCAUUCCGUAUAAUGUCCUGAAGUCCACUGAGAAUGAAAACACACAGGAGGUGAAUCCUAACCCGGUCCUGACCAGGAAGUCUCGGCCGGAGGAAGUGAAGGCCUGGCUGGAGCACAAAGAGUUCAGCAACAUCACCGUGCGCUGUCUCGGGGGUCUCAGCGGCGGGAUGUUGUUGGGGAUGACGUUAGAGGAGUUGAAGAUUGUUUGUCCAGAGGAAGGAAGACGAGUGUUUUACCAACUACAGAAUGUCAAAUCAGCACUAGCACUUGCCAAAGAAGGGAAUCUGCAGAACUGAGAAGAAACAAGACACUACAAUGAAGAACACUCACACACACAUACACACGCACACACGCACACACACAGAGGUGUGUACAGUUAGUAGUUGAGAUGUGUAUAAGUAAUAAUUAUUGUGUGCACAGGUGAAAACUGUCGUUACCUGUACGCACCUUACUGAACGUUUUUUGACUCUAGUUACCUGCAUACACCUGGAGAAGAAUUUACACUGGGUAAAGUCAGAGUUUAUCAUGUUUACAUUCACACAUAUAAUUAUUAUAAAUAUCAACAUUAUUAAAAUUAUGAACUUAAACAAAAUGUACAAAUUGUGCACAUUUCAUGCUGAUGAGCAGAUGAUCCCAUGCUUUAUUUGAUUUGAACAGUACCUGUCCGUACAGGUGUGACUGACACACGUCGAGCUGUGAUGGUGGCUACAAAUGAAACGCAUUAAACAACUAAAAUAAAA